UUUUUGUGUCGCAGCCGCCACUUUGUCAUUUCCAGGACCCGCCGACAAGCAACAUGGCGACCUACCGCCCAUGCACGCUGCGCGUCCAUGUACACAAGGCGACGGACUUGGCGGCCGCGGACUUUGCGCUUCUGCGCAAGGCGACGAGCGACCCGUAUGUGAUUCUCUCGAUCGACCGGCAGCGCUUCAAGACGCCGGUGCUCCUCCGCGAGCUCAACCCAGUCUGGGAAGGCUGCGUGUACGACUUUAACAUCACCCAAGGCGACUUGUACACCAAGGUGCUCGACAUCCAGGUCAUGGACGAAGACGAUCUCUCAGCCGACGACAUUAUCGGGACGCUCGCGAUCCCGCUCGCGCAGUUUGCCAAGCAGAUUGACGGCCUCGACAGCAGCGCCAAGAUGCGCUCGUACAACUUGAACGUGCCCGCCGAGUUUGAACGGCAAAAGGUCAACAGCCAGCUGUACCUUUCGAUCGAGGUCAUUCCUGGCGAGCACAUUGUCGAUGGCUCGUUCGUGCCCCGCCUCCUCAAGGUCCAGUUGCACCAGGCGAUGGACUUGGCGGCCGCCGACUUUGCGCUUCUUCGCAAGGCGACGAGCGACCCGUACGUCAUCUUCUCGGUCGAGUCGCAGCGACACAAGAGCCCCAUCAUCUCGAAAGACCUCAACCCGGUCUGGGACAACUGCUGCUACGAGUUUCAUUUGACCCAAGGCGACAUGUUUACCAAAGUGCUCGACGUGCAAGUGUACGACCACGACAGCGCGAGCGACGACGACCUCAUUGGUACGACCGUGCUCCCGCUCGCGCAAUUCGAGCAGCAAAACGAGGCCAAGCGCCGGUCGUUCUCGCUCUCGGUACCCGACGAGUUUCGCAAGCAACGCGUCAACUCGCAGCUCGUGCUCACCAUCACGGUCGAGAAGCCCGAGCCGGUCACCGCCGACGAAGAGAAGGAAGCCACGAUCCAAAAGAUGCAGCUGGAAAUCGCGCAGCUCCAAGCGUCGAGCCGCGUCCUGGUGAACAAGCUCGGCCGGCAAAUGAGUUUGCCACCGGCAGCAUCGUCGCCCAAGGCCGGCCCACCGCCGUCGCCGUCGCGCCAGCCGUCCAUCGAGACGGAGCACGACUCGACGCGUCGGGCGCUAGUCAACGAGCUCCACGGGUUGCUCAUGCUGCCAAAGAUUGAGAAAUUUCACAAGUUCAAGCCCGUGACGCAGGACGCGUAUGCGUCCAAGCUCGAAGACGAGAUCGAGUCGCUCAAGGAGGAGCUCGCCAAGCAGCAACAGACGCAUGCGCUCGCCCACCAGAUGAAGGAAGCCGACGAAGACGAGGUGCUUCGGCUCCGCGAUGAGAUUGCCCUGCACAAGGCGACGCUGGCCGCGACGCAGAAGAUGAUGCAGGACCAGCUCGUGCGCGAAGAGCUCCAGGCGCAAGAGAUGGAGCGGCUCAAGAUCUUUACGCGGUCCCUCUCGAUCACCGAGGCGCCGCGACCGGCCAUGAGCCCCCGCUCCAAGUCGACGAGCGCCAUGGUGCACGACGACAAGGCGGCCGACGAUGCGUCCAUGUGGCUUUAACCGCCAUAAGAUCCUAUUCAACUAUACCAUUUAUUCCAUUUCCAA